AUGGCAAAAGGACGCAAGACAGUGACCUUUCAGCUGGUUUCAGCCUCGAACGCCGAUAAUCGCGCUGAUAGGUCGGCCUACCAACGUACUCUUGUGCGUAAAGUAUCGCAGAAUACCAUAUGGAAAAAUCGUCCCGUCAAGGAUAUUCCACAGGAGUUACUGGAAUCUCUGGACCCUCAUGACUUUGGAAUCCACGAUAAUCUUAAGGAAUCCCAAAAGGAAAUGCUCAUAAACAGCAUAUAUGGUACAGUAGACAAUUACAAAAACUUUGCUUCCGCUACCAUCCCUGUUGAGGUAAAAAAGCGUGUUGAAGAAGAAGAUCUGGAUGGAGACUGUUAUUUCCCAAAAGAUGGCUACGAUUACGAACAACAUUUGGCUACCAUUAACCCAAAAUAUUUCAUUCCAUCAGAUCCUGUUACUAGUGGAAAUGAUUCGGAUAAAAAGGUGAAUAUAGAGAGUUCCAGAGAGUUUCCUGGACUUGGUGAUGAGUCGGUCGAUGUAGACGAAAAGGAGGUGUUUGAGGCCCUGGAACAUGAGUCAGAUUUGGAACCUAUUGAUGACGAUUUUGUAACUCAAGCUAUGCAGGGAGAAUCUGAUGUUGACGAGAAUCAUAUUCUUUGGGGAGAUUACAAACCUCUUAUACCACAUUUGCCUAAUUUUGACUUUUCGUCUCUAUCAGUUGAACCUCAGCCCGAGGAGUUUACAUCAGAUGAUCUGGAGUUUGUAGAUGAACCUGAUGACUUGCAGAAACCAGAGCCAGCGCAUCCUGACGGGCUACAAGUUUAUAUCAAGAAUAUGGAUCAGGAUUAUCAUGGUCACAAAAAGGAUAGAAUGGAAAUUUUGAACCCUUCCGGUGUUAUAGGAAACAUUCAAGAGUUGGUAGAAAACCAGUCCGACUCCGAGUAUGAAUCAGAUAGUGAAUAUGAGUCUGAUUCUUCAGAACAGUGGGAUGUAGAGACAGUACUUACUACCUAUACAAAUGCAACAAACCAUCCAAAGCUGAUUGCAAAAAAUAAGCUCAAGACAAUACCAAGUGCUAUGACAAAAGCACCUAUUCAAGUCCGACCAACAACCCCCAAGGAGCAUGUCUCAAAGGCUGAAAUUGAUAUCAUACAACUUCCAGAGGUAAUAACUGAGAGAAGAAAGGAUGAGACCAAGGAGGAAAAGAAGGAGAGAAAAGCCUCUGUCAAGAAGACAAAGGCAUUGAUUUUACAAAUGAAGAGAAUUAAUAAGGAAUCCCUCAAGGAGGCAAAGAAGAAGAGUGCGAUUCAGAAUUCCAGGGGUUCCUACGAUAUUGUUGAUGGUGUUAAAUACCUAAAGUUAUAA